UGAUCCGAGAGUGAUCUAAGUUGAGUCUUCUUCUUCUUCUUCUUGCGACUUGUGCAAGGAACCUGUGUGCAUCGUUGCAGUCAGAUGUCACACAACCUUCCCACUGAAGCUUCUUGGACCGUGGUGUUGGCAUCACCUUGCUUGUGCAUGACUACAGUGUUCACCUGGCUGUGCAUCUGUUUUGAACUAGAUCAGAGACUCUGGUCAUCACUCGGGACUGCAAUCUGGAGACUGGCUCCUUGAAGUUUGCAUUAGAAUUCGGCAGAAGAUAUUUCUACUCAUUUUCUGAAUUGGUUAUGGCGAUAUCUAAGAAACUCAGUAAUUUCUUGAGGACAUUGUUUCAUCCGAAUUUUCGCUUCUAUGCUAGAUCUUUGUCGAGUUCCAGACAGACGAGUUUCUCAUCUUCGGAGGCUUUGGACAGUUGCGAAAUUUCUUGCCCCAACUUAUCCUCUGGAUCUCGCCGCCGUUCUCGCAAUUGGGUCAAAACUGUCGCUAGUUGCGACUGCGAGGACAGCUGCUGUUGGGGUCCGCCGUCAGGUGUUCCUGAAGGCUGUUUCCCCGUUUACGUGGGCCUCGAGCGGAGACGCUUUCUUAUUCAAACAUCGCACCUUAGGAACGACAUCUUCCAAUUGCUGUUGUCCAAGUCUGAGGAAGAGUAUGGUUUGAGUUGCGAAGGCGGGUUGCGUAUUGCAUGCCAUCCUGAUGUUUUUGAGCAUUUUCUGAGGUGGCUGGAAAGUAAGGAGACACAUUGUCCUCAGGAAAUGAUUCAGUUUUCAGCCCAGGAAUCUACUUCAAUUUGCGCUACGGUAUGAAACCUUCCUGCUCAUCGGAGGUCACAGACAGUCCUCAUUUUCUGCUAACAGUCGUCCAUGCAUAAUGAUCUGAAAUGUGAUUCUAGAGGAGGGUACAUCAUCAGCUUGGCGAUUUCAUGUUC